CCAGCCCAGCCCGUGUGAAACCCAAUAACCGAGAUCAUUCAACAAUGCCUUCCCUUCUCUGCCUGCAUCUUUGCUGCGCCAAGGAGGAGCGCAGGAGAUUCAGAAGGUGCUCCUCCUGCCUGUGAGGUGUUGGGUCGGUUCCCUCCACGCGCUGAGCAGAGCAGAGCUCAGAGAGAGAGACGCACAGAGAGAGGCAGUGUUGGUGAAGGAGGAGGAGAAGCAGCAGCAGCAGCAGCAGCCCACAGCAUGCUUGCUGCCGCGGGAGUCAGGAUGGAGCAGCUGUCGCCCUGCGUGUGGCUUCUCCUGUCUCUUCCAGGCGCUCUCCAGGUCGCGUCUCUGGAACCAGGCGCUGCGCCCUCCUCGUGCCCUCCGCUGUGCCACUGCGAGGAAGAUGGCAUCAUGCUGUCAGUGGACUGCUCGGAGCUGGCUCUCUCUUCCGUGCCGGGGGGCUUGAGUCCCUUCACAGCCUACCUUGAUUUGAGCAUGAACAACAUCAGUGAGCUGCUGCCUGGGGACUUCCACCACCUGCGCUUUCUAGAAGAACUGCGCCUAUCUGGAAAUCAACUCUCUAAGAUUCCAGGGAAAGCAUUUUCUGGCCUCUACAAUUUAAAGAUUUUGAUGUUACAGAACAAUCAGCUCAGUCGGAUCCCAGCAGAAGCUCUGUGGGAUCUUCCAAACCUUCAGUCACUGCGUCUGGAUGCCAAUUUGAUCUCUGUGGUACCCGAGAAGAGCUUUGAGAGGCUGCCCUCCUUACGCCACCUUUGGCUGGAUGAUAAUGCUCUGACAGAGAUCCCUGUCAAAGCACUCAACAACCUGCCGGCUCUACAGGCCAUGACACUGGCCCUCAACCAAAUCUGGCACAUUCCUAACUACGCCUUCCAGAACCUCACCAGCCUUGUGGUACUACACCUGCAUAAUAACCACAUCCGCAGCCUCGGAACCCACGGCUUUGAAGGACUCCACAGCUUGGAAACUCUGGACCUAAAUUAUAAUGAGCUGGUGGAAUUCCCAGUGGCCAUUAGGACACUCGGCCGACUUCAAGAGCUGGGCUUCCAUAACAACAACAUCAAGGCUAUUCCAGAGAAGGCAUUUGCUGGGAAUCCAUUGCUCCAGAUUAUGACUUUGACCCGGGCUGGCAUCCGUUUGCUUCCUGGAGGAAUGUGCCAGCAGCUGCCCAGCCUACGAGUUCUUGAGCUCUCACACAAUCAAAUUGAGGAGCUACCCAGUUUCCACCACUGCCAGAAGUUGGAAGAGAUUGGCCUUCAGCACAACCGCAUCCACAAAAUUGGAGCAGACACCUUUGGGCAGCUCACAGCCUUGCGCUCCAUAGACCUGAGCUGGAAUUCCAUUCAGUCUAUCCACAUGGAUGCCUUUGUGACCCUCCGCUCUCUCAUCAAGCUAGAUUUGACUGACAAUCAGCUGGUUACGCUGCCAUUGGCUGGAUUGAGCGGACUGACUCAUCUGAAACUUAAAGGCAACCCUGCACUGUCUGAAUCCUUCACAAAAGAGAGCUUUCCCAAGAUGAGGGUCCUGGAAGUGCCCUAUGCCUACCAGUGCUGUGCGUAUGGAGCCUGCAGCAAUUUCUUCAAAAUGUCUAGUCAAUGGGAUUCUGAGGAUAUGAGUCCUGAGGAUGAGGACGGCCACAAGAGGACCUUGGGACUGCUUACAGGCCAUACUGAUAAUCACUAUGACCUGGAUAUGGAUGAUUUCCAACUGGAACUUGAGGAUUCAAAGCUGCACCCCAACAUCCAGUGUACCCCAAGCCCUGGCCCCUUCAAGCCCUGCGACCACCUGUUUGAGAGCUGGGUCAUCCGCCUGGGUGUCUGGCUGAUCACACUGGUCUCCAUGCUGUGCAAUGGGCUGGUCAUGGCGGUUGUCUUUGCUUCGCCCGGCUAUCUGUCCCCCGUCAAGUUUGUCAUUGGCGCCAUUGCUGGAGCCAACAUGCUGACGGGCACGUACUGCGCCAUCCUGGCCUUCGUGGACGCCAUCACCUUUGGUCACUUUGCGAAAUACGGGGCCCGGUGGGAGACGGGCGCAGGGUGCCAGGUGACGGGCUUCCUGUCGGUGUUUGCUUCGGAGGCUUCCAUCCUUCUGCUGACCCUGGCCGCUGUGCAGUGCAGUCUCUCGGUGUCAUGCAUGCGGACCUACGGGAAGGUGCCGUCUUUCGGCACCGUCAAGGCAGGUGCGCUGAGUUGCCUGGCGCUGUCUUCAGUGGCUGCAGCACUGCCUCUCUUCUCCGUUGGGGAGUACGGGGCAUCCCCCCUCUGCCUACCCUACCCACUCCUGGAUGGGAAGCCUUCCAUGCUGGGGUUCAUGGUCGCCCUGGUGCUGGUCAACACCCUCUGCUUCCUCAUUAUCACUGGAACAUACAUCCGCCUCUAUUGCAACCUGCUGAAAGGAGAGUUUGACUCUGUCUGGGACUGUGCUAUGAUCAAGCAUGUGGCUUGGCUCAUUUUCACCAACUGCCUUCUCUAUUGCCCCGUGGCCUUCCUGACCUUCUCUUCCAUGCUCAGCCUCUUCCUCAUUACCCCCGAGGUCAUCAAGUCUGUGCUGCUGGUGGUGCUUCCUCUGCCAGCCUGCCUGAACCCCCUGCUCUACCUGCUGUUUAACCCACACUUCAGAGAUGACCUACGGCUCCUGAGGCAGAAGAGCCAGGCCCGGGAGAGCUGCGCCCAGUCCUACGUGUCAGAGGACACAGAGAAGAGCUCGUAUGACUCUACCCAGGCCCUGGUUGCUUUCUCUGACAUGGAUCAUAUAUUUGAGGCACCAGACAUCUUCAGAGUGCCUCCUAGGUGCUCGUCGGUACUAGAUGCCUACAGCUACCCAUCAGUGACUCUCAUCCCACACCAGCAAAAGGCAGGUGCCGGAGGACACGACAGUGGCUUCUCCACUCACCUGUCCUACCUUGCUGAUGAUGAGUUGCUCAUCGCAUCGGAAAGCAGAGACCCGGCAAGGAGCAGCCUUAGGAUUGCCUUGUUUUCCACACCGCCUGCACCAGCCUUCACGUCUCACUUAUAAACAGUCGUUCAACCUCCCAGACCUGGUACACAUUCACUCUGUGAAAAGCCUACGCAAGAGCCCACCUGUAGCCACCAACAGCUUUGGACAAUGGCUGUUCUGGGGAAAGGGUGGCACAGUUUAUUGCUUCUUCUGGGGGGGGGAGGCCUUGAGAGCCUGCAAGGUGCUGCCAACUCCAUGUAUCCUAGCUUACUGGAGCAUUGUCUUCUGCUCUCUUGCCACACCAGUGUGUAAGGUAGUGUGGGUCCUUCAAGGGGAGACGACGACCAGGGGACCAUUGAGUUAAAAUCUUCUGACACACAACAGCAAACCAAAAUGUAGCAAAACGAGAAACAGCUAACCAACUAUGAUGCAGCUUCCCAGGAUACAUCUGGUCCUGCUCCUCAUAAAUUAUGUGGAGCAGGCAACAGAGUGCUAUCCCCAAUUAACCUUGCCUUAGAAUGAUAACAGAUGACAAAUAAGGCAGUGACUGAGCUGCUGUAUAGACAUGACAAUGUCUGCCAGGGUAGAUCGCGCAACACCAGCUGAACAUAUGAAUUGCACCGCAGUCUUUCCUCUUCAUUCUCUGUAAUGAGGUGUGCCAUCAGUUCUGUUCUACAAAUGGAGAAGAGGAGCUGCAGGUAACAUACUAUUCUUUAACUUGGGAUGCUUCAGUUUCAUUAAUCCUGGUCUCUCUUUUUUAGCAAUGAUGCACCUAUCCAGGCUGCAGAUGUCUAAAAUUUACUUCUAAGGCACCUAAAAAUGAAGUGAGAAUCCCGGGCAGUGACAAAGUCAGGAUUAGAUCUCACCAAGGUUGUGCCAUGUCAAGAGCCAAACCAUGCCAUAUUUUAGGUUCACCAUUUAGGGUAGAAUGACCUGCUUGUUUCUGGUGUCACUGAAGCCCAUAAAUGCAAAACAUGAGCUAAAAUGCAGUGUAAUGAAUUUGGUGUGUUUCCAUAAUCUUUUGGAACUCAUGUAAACUCAUCCCAAUGAGCACGUAAUGGAUAGAUAUUCUACCUUGUAGCACCCCCUCAUUUUUAAAAAAACUGCUGGUGUUGCAAGGAAGAAGACUUGAGUACAGUGAAAGACUGAAGAGAAGAAAUUUAAGGCCCAGAUAUAUUCACCAUAACCCAGAAAUCCCCAACAUAAAAAAGUCUUCUUGCCCUCUAAGCCAAGCCUGACAAAGGGCAAUUGCAGCUAAAGCCCAACCAUUUACAGAUUCCAGAAUCCAGUUGCAUUGCUCCGGUUCCGCAAUUCAAUUAUCCUCUCGCCUUCUUUGCAACUUGCAAUUAUCCUCUCACCUUCUUUGCAACUUGUAUACAGAAAUCAUGAAAGCAAACUCACAUCUCUUGCUUUUCCACCUAAAAGUACCUAUGCUCUCAGUAAGAACUAUAGUCCUACUGACAGAUGGGAAACAGUGACACAGGACUAAAUCUUGAUUGGCACAGGAACAAACCUUAAUUGAAGCCACUUGAAGGUUAAGAUGUAACUUGCUGCUUGAUGGAUCUUGAUGGAUGCUCCUAGAAAGAGCAAGAUACAGAAAUUAUCCCAACUGUUUAACAACUACAGCUUGCUGGAAUUGUCCAGGUUAAUUUCCAGGCUGGUUUCCCCCCCUCUUUUUUUCUGAGAAGGCAUAGUUAUCAAUUAAUAACUUGUCAAGGGAGGUAGGAAAAAAUUCCUGUCGUAGGGGAUUUUAUUGCUAACAUUUUAAUACCUUGCAGAGCACACUAUCAAGCAUAUAGUCUAGACUACAUAUGCAGUUCUGCUUUUAGGAAAGUUCUUAAUAUUUUCAGGAGAGAAAUGUAGAAUGAAACACAGAGAAGGAUGUGGAAAAAUGUUACAAACACACCAGGUGCCUUUUCCUUCAAUCCCCUUAAGGAUGAUUCUGCUGGAAUAAUUUUGGUUACUACAGUGUUCUGGUUGGGUAGAACUCCAGAACUCUUGAAGUCCCCACUUGCUACUUUGGCUUACUUCAAUACAGUGUAUGAAUGGAAGCUGGCUUAAAUGUCUUGGGACGAUUCAUUAUGGCCUAGAGAAAAAGAUGUAACACAUAUAGGGGUAAGCCCUUUUGCUGCUCAGCUUCUCCAGAACUAGAAUUAGUAUUAACCAUCCAUACCUGGAAAGAAUUGUCCUCCUUGGGGCUGUAAGUUUGAGCGCAGCUCAGUCAACUUUUAGAAAUGCAAAAUUCCUACAACUUGUAGCAUCAAUACGUCCAAAAUCAACCACAGGAAGUAUCAAUUUAAAUGCCUUUACACACCAUGUUUGUUAUUGUCUGUAUAUACACAUUGCCAUAUAUGAUGGCAUACGAUGCUAGCAUGAGCGUGUUUGUAUAUUAUGUGUAUAUUUAUAUAGAGAGCUAUAUAGCCAUUUGCCCUCUCUUUUUGACCUUGUGUCAUCUUUUUUUUUUUUUUUUUUGUAUAUUGAUGUGUAAAAAGCACUCUGGAAGACCUUGUAGAAAAUUAAAAAAUUGUUAAUUUUAAAACCAUGCUUUAUUUUGUUUCUAUGAUUUAGUUGGGGAACCACAAACCCACAGGCUUGUUCCUACAUGCUCAUUCCUUGUGACAGCUUGUGUCUAGGCAUAAUCUUAUCACAGAUGUAUCGCCACAGAUAUAAACUCAAUGUUUUCCAGCUGAGUUGGUUCAUGUGUUCAGUUGCCAGUCAUCAGGUUUAAGAGUUCUCUAGUGACAUGCAUGAAGGUGAACGAGAUCCAGUGUGUAUGCUAGGAAGUACCAGCAUUAUUUAACAUCACAGCAAGUGUGGUUUGGGAAAUAUGGGGGGGGGGACAAGACAGACAUAAUCUCAGACAGAAAGUGAAAGCCUCUCUUUUAAUAAAGGAGUCUGACUUGACAGCACCAAAGACAAACUAGCUGCUGGAGCAUUAUAUCAACUCUUCAAGAAAACCCCUCCCCACCCCCAAAUCUUAUCUGGGUCUUGCAUUUCAUGCCUUUAUAGGAAAGCUCAAGGAGAUGAAUGAAUGAACACUCCCACUUCAGUGACAGUCGGCUUUAAAGAAGGCUUAUACACAAUUUUGAUAGCCUGUGACUUCAGAUAGCUGAAGAACAAAAAGGUACAUCAAAGUUGUUGUUUUUAAGACAGAUUAAUAUAGCUGGCUAACCCACAAGGACUGGAAUGUGAACUAAGCUCUUCAGAGUUCCUUCAAUUUUUGAAAAAUCUUAGUAAUAGCAUAGUCAUUUGAAAAAACACACACAGUAUAAUGAAAUACUGAGAAGCUCUACAAUUCUAUACCAGUCCAGAUGGUCUCAAAUUCUUUAUUUGGAACACGUUGUGAAAAUUUAGAUGUGUAUACAGUUGUAUGCUUGGUCUGAAAGUUUGGUUGCUAAAUUGGGAUUUUGUCAGAUUUGACUUUGCUAUUUUAAAAAAAACACAAUUGAACAAAAAAAAUUGAUGCAAGAGACACAGCUGGGACAACAGUCAGGUAGGGACACAAAGUCUGAGAAAGUAAAGUUAUUCGCGUGGAAGACACACCUUGACACACAUACCCUAUUUAGGCAUGAUGCAUUUUUUCACAGCCUCUUCAUAUGAAAGCAUGAGAAAAGGGAUUAAAGUUUUUUAAUCAUGAAAACUGAGAUUCUUUCCCAGAGACAGUGUUUCUCAUCUACCCCAUGUCAGCACUACGAUGUGGCGUAUGUGGCAGUGGAGGAAGAAACUCAGGGAACUGUGCAAUGGACAGCAUUCCCUCUCCUCCCCAUCAUAGCACUGCAAUAGAGAAUGUUUUCUUGCAAAUGCACCUCUCUGAGCUUAAGUUUUGAUUAUAUGAUGCAAUCGCCUACUCUCUAAAAUUGUGUUAGGAAAAUGAUGCAAAUUACAAGGGGUUUUCAUUUAAACCUGCCCUACCCUCACUUUGAACUGUGAUAAGUGCUUUGUUUCAGCUGCCCUGAAUACCGAAUGAAUGAUAUAUGUUUAUUGUGCAAAGAGGCUUUUUUAAAAAAAUCUGCUUCAGUGUCUCUUUGGAGUGUUAAAAUCUUAGACUGUGCCACCUGUACAUAAAUUUUGGAAUUCUAUUUUGUGAUAUACAGGCAACCCCUGAUUUCCGCAGGGGCUAUGUUCUGGGUCAUCACGUGCUAUGGCAGAGCAUGCAUAAGCCCGCCUGGGUUGCCACGAUGUGUGCAUGGUCACACAUCAAUCGGAUGCACAUAAAUCAGUAGCUGCCUGUGUAUCUAUUUGUGUGUGCUUGUAUAUACAUGCACACACAUAUACACAUACUUUAAUGUAGAAGAUUCCCAGCAAAACUGAUUGCACUAAAAUAAUUUUAAUUCCAGUUAACAAUUUAAUCUCAGUUGCUGUGCUCAGGUCCUGCUUGCAGGCUUCUGCAGGCAUCUGACUGUCCACUGGAGGAACUGAAUUCUGGACUAGGUGAGCCAUUGGUCUGAUCCAGGUUUGUCUUGUGUUCCCAUGUUCUAACACCCCCAUCGUGACCCAAAAUAAUUUAUUACCUCUGUUUCCCAUACAUUCAAAUGGCCUAAUAUUGUUUUCCCCUCUACCAGUGUUUUGGCAGUUUGCUCACUAGGAGGAUUACUUUGGGGGAAGAAAACCCCAAAUAUUGACAUAUAGGCAAUAUAGUCCCUGCUGGAAGGUAGCAGCAACUGCCUUCUGUCAGAGAAGACAAAAUGUGAUAAAUUGUAUGGCUGAUAAUUUGCUGGCGUGCGCCUUUGCCAAAAUACGUUCUGAACCCAUAUUUAAACCUACUGUAUAAUCUGUUUAGAAGCGUUAUGCUUAGGUUUCUUUUCAGAGUUGGAAAAAUUGGGAUUAAAGUCAAAACACAGUUUCAGUCCAAUUUUCUUCACAUCCCAGUUCUAAUAAAGACACUGUCCAGUCUUCUCCAUAGGCACGUGCUCAACUUUUCCUCAAACACACCUUGCAAAAUGACUAUUUAAAAAAUACAAACUUACCCAUUUUUAAUUCAACGUGGGGAUGCAAUGGGAAAGUAGAUGGAAAGCUUGGUGCAUUUUUUGUUGCCUGUGAAUAAAAUUAUAUUUCUGAAAAUGUUAUAUAUCAAAAGAAUUGCUUACUUUGGUGGAAGUAUAACAGUAGCUAUGGGUGUGUACAGUUAUCUUUAGUAAUUUAUUCAAAGGUAUGUUCGCAACUGGCUGUACUUAUACUGAUUAAAGA